AUGAAUGUUAGUCAUUUGCUCGAUCAGCUGAUCGCGAGUUAUGAUCGAAGAAUUAGGCCAAAUUACGGUCGGGCACCAAUCGAAGUGAACGUUACCAUUCAUGUUACUAUGAUAAGUGCUGUUUCAGAAGUUUCUAUGGAUUACACUGUUGCAUUGUAUCUGCGUCAAUUCUGGCGUGAUAAUCGUUUAGCAUUUGAAAGUGCUGAUGAGAGAGAAUUAACAAUUGGGAUUGAUUUCAUAAAGAGUAUUUGGGUUCCGGAUACAUUUUUCCCUAAUGAGAAGAAAUCAUUCUUUCAUAAAGCAACAACGCAUAACUCUUUUCUACGUAUCGAUAAUCGCGGGAACGCAUUUCGUAGCAUCAGGCUUACAGUAACAGCUGAUUGUCCGAUGAAUUUGCACAGUAGUUAUGCGUACAGCACUCGGGAUAUCAUUUAUCACUGGCAUUUGAGUGAAAAUUCGGUAACAAUCGAUGAGAAUGUUCAUUUAGCUCAUUUUACAAUUGGUGACCAUAGACAUGUUGAACGGGUCAUUUCGCUUAGUACUGGCAACUAUUCACGGCUUUCUACUUACUUCACUUUUAAACGGAAUAUUGGCUUCUAUCUGAUACAAAUAUAUUUUCCCUCUUCCUUAAUUGUUGUCAUGUCAUGGGUAUCAUUCUGGCUUAAUCGUGAUGCUACCCAAGCUCGAGUUGCAAUAGGUGUUACGACAGUGCUAACAAUGACAACAUUGAUGACCUCAAUAAAUGCCUCAUUGCCAAAGGUAUCGUACGUCAAAAGUCUUGAUAUUUUUCUUGGAACUUGUUAUUUCAUUGUUUUUGCAUCACUUCUAGAAUAUGCAACAAUAGGUUAUCUAAUGGAGCGGUAUCGAAAUUCUUGGGUCGAUAAUACAUCGACAGCAAUAACUUUUUAUAAAUUAACUGAAAAUUCACCGAUCAUACAAAGGGAUCGAAUAACAGGACGCAGAAGUUACACUUUCAGAACUGAGUCUGAAAACGAUUCCGCGAUACCAUUAUUGGGACAAAGGUCAAAGAACCAGUUCAGUCCAAGGCCAGCUACGAUUAAAACAUCUGCCAAUGAAUAUUUAAACAGUUUUUUAAGGGUACGACCAUCACAGGUUCAUAUUUUGAUGGAGUAG